CCCUUUAAAUUCUGUGAGGCUGCUUUUCGUCUCUGCACUAGUGAUCAGACAACGAGCAAUAGACAUGACAACUUAUACGGACAAAGGUGAAAAGCACGAUCAAGGCAGGUUCCUCUGCUUCGACCACAUCACAUUCUGGGUCGGCAAUGCCAAACAGGCUGCGUCUUACUACUGCAACAAACUGGGCUUUGAGCCUCUGGCCUACAGAGGUCUGGAGACUGGGAGCCGUGAUGUCGUGUCCCAUGUGGUCAAGCAGGGGAAGAUCAUGUAUGUCUUCUCCUCGCCAUUGAACCCAGGGAAUAAAGAGAUGGGAGAGCACCUGGUAAAGCAUGGAGAUGGUGUGAAGGACAUUGCCUUCACCGUCGAGGACUGUGACUUCCUAGUGAAGAAAGCCAGGGAGCGAGGUGCCAUCAUCAUAAAGGAGCCCCACGUGGUGGAGGACAAGUUUGGAAAAGUCAAACUGACUGUCCUUCAGACGUACGGUGACACCACACACACAUUUGUGGAGAGGAUGGGCUACAGUGGACUCUUCCUGCCAGGCUUCAAGGAGCCGCUUUUCCGUGAUCCUUUACUGGAUCAGCUGCCGGACGGGAAGCUCAACUUUAUCGAUCAUGUAGUGGGGAACCAGCCUGACGACGAGAUGGUGCCAGUAGUCGAAUGGUACCAGAGGAACCUGCUCUUCCACCGGUUCUGGUCAGUUGAUGACAAGCAGUUACAGACGGACUUCAGUGCGCUGCGCUCCAUUGUGGUGGCCAACUAUGAGGAGAGCGUUAAGAUGCCCAUCAACGAGCCUGCCAUGGGCAAACGCAAGUCCCAGAUCCAGGAAUAUGUGGAAUACUACGGAGGGGCCGGAGUCCAACACAUUGCCAUGAACACCUCUGACAUCAUUGCAGCUAUCCGUAACCUGAAGGCGCGUGGCAUGGAGUUCAUGUGUGUGCCCGACACCUACUACCAGCAGCUGAGGGACAAACUCAAGCACUCCAAAGUCCGCAUGGAGGAGGACCUGAGCGUUCUGGAGGAGCUGAAGAUCUUGGUGGACUACGAUGAUGACGGUUACCUGCUCCAGAUCUUCACCAAGCCUGUGCAGGACAGACCAACUGUGUUCUUGGAGGUUAUCCAGAGACACAACCACCAGGGCUUUGGCGCUGGAAACUUCAAGGCUCUGUUUGAGGCCAUUGAGGCUGACCAAAACGCAAGAGGCAACCUCACGAUCCUAACUUCAAACGGCAUGUCAGAAAAACUCUGAGACACACACGCACAAACUCAUGUACACAUAAAAAUACAUACACACACACAUAUUGACAAACACGCACAA